AUGAAUGUCGUUGCCAAUGAAAAGCUAAAGAUUGCCAAAGCACAGGCUAAGUUCACAAAUAAAUUCGUAAGGAAAGAUUUGUCAACUGAUGUCGGGACUGCGUCGCAAUUAGAACUUGUAGCACCUUUAGUGCCCUCAGCUGGACCUACUUGUUGUCUUUUAGGGGUUCUUGGUCCGACUUACACUGUAGGUGGUAUAAGGUCCUUACGUGCAGCAAUCCUCCAACCUUCGUAUAAUAAAGAAUUCAUUGAAUCUAGGUUGGACGCUGUACAAGAUUUGAUCGAAAAUGAUACUGGACUUAUGGUUGCUUUACAGGAUGUAAUAAAGAAAUUAUCAGAGAUAGACAAAAUUCUUUUCCUUUGCAUGGAUUCUGCGAACCAAAACAUUGACAAAAUUGGAGAAGCACAACUCAAUCAAGUACUAUUGCUGAAAGUUACUAUGGAGCUGGUCCCAAAAUUAGUAGAAGCUCUUAGUGAAGCAGAUAGUGGCAAAUUAAAGAAAAUGAAAUUGGAUUUCGAAAACUCAAGCUAUAACGAAAUAUCGGACCGUAUAAAAAGAAUUAUUCAAGACGACGCUCAUUUAGAAAAAGGAGCAAUGGGAAGUCUACAAAGAUGUUUUGCAGUCAAACCAGAUAUUAAUGGACUUCUAGAUGUAGCUAGAAGAACAUAUUCAGAGCUCAUAGAUGACAUACAAAAGAUUGUUGAACAGCUUAGCGAAACAUAUGACUUGCCUUUAAGACUCAACCAGAAUUUAUUAAAGGGUUUCCAUAUAGUGCUAACAUUAGCUACUAAGAACCGAAGGACUUUUAAUGAAGAGGAUUUGCCUCCUAUAUUUAUUCAGGUCCAGAACAGUGGAGCAAGUGUGACAAUGACCACAGAAGAACUCGUGGUGUUGAAUCAACAAGCGAAAGAGUCAUUGAACGAGAUACAGAAAAUGAGUAAUAUAGUAAUAUCGACUUUAUUAAAAGAUUUACGACCUUUCAUGCCAAGUUUAUACACCCUUUGCGAAAAUGUCGCUGAAUUAGAUGUCUUACUGGCCAUGGCUCAAGCUAGUUCAAUUGGAUCCUACAUAAGACCAGAGUUCAAUAGUUACAUGGAUAUAAGAAAUAGUGUCCAUCCACUUUUGGAUUACAACACCCAAGUGAUGCCAGUUCCUAACGAUAUUUUUGCGAGUCCUGAACACAAUUUCACAUUGAUAACAGGACCUAAUAUGGGUGGUAAAAGUAUUUACAUAAAACAAAUUGCUAUUAUGCAAGUCAUGGCUCAGAUGAAAGAGACUCAACACAUACUAAAAGGAUUAACUUCGUCAAGUUUGGUUAUAAUAGACGAGCUAUGCAGAGGAACUUCCGUGGAGGAGGGUACGGCAGUAGCUUGGGCAGUUUGCGAAGAACUUAUUAUGAGUAGUGCCUUCACUUUUUUUACGACGCAUUUCAUGUAUUUGACCAGAUUGCAAGGGUUAUAUUUCAAUGUGUUAAAUCGACAUACAGCUGUGACUGAAGAAGAUGUUGGCACAACAGAAAAUCCUCAGAGAAGAUUAGUAUACCAAUAUAAAUUAGAACCAGGCAGUACUAGGAUUGAACAUUAUGGACUCGCUCUAGCUGCUAAAACUAACCUGCCUAAAGAAACAGUAAAUCUUGCAAUAGAAUUAGCUGAAUAUAUUGGAAAAGAAACACGCGCUAUAGAAGUUGGGACACCACUAAAAACUGAUGAAGCAGCCCUUUAUAUGCUUAACGCAAAUAUACAGCAGGAUUUAAGAAAAUACGGCAUCACAAAUAACAGUACAAAGGAACUACUUCAACAAUUUAAAGAAAAUCACCUUGAACUAGUAGAACGAUUAGAAUCAUUAAGAAGCAAAAGUGACAAUCGCACCAAUUCUAGUUUUAGUUAUUCUAGAGUAGGUUAUUCAGUAGAACAGACGUCUACAGAUAAUAACAGUAAAGAUUGUAUUUUCAAAAAUACUGGCGGCAAUUAUCAGCCCUCGUUUUCAAAUGGAGCAAAUAUCAAACCACCAGAGCGAGAAAGAUCAAUUGCUGAAGAUGUGGACAUGGUAGACAAAAAUUACACUUCAGUGAAAUCUUCUGAACAAUUACUUAACAGUGUUCUAAACCAUGAUGGUCAUACAAUGAAGGCAAUAAUUCAAAAUGCAUCUGAUCUUGAAAUGAUAGAAGACAGUAAUUCUUCAAACGCAGACCUCCAAAAUAUAAACCAUACGAAUUAUAGGAACAAAGAAGAAUCAAUGGUGUCUCCUGAAUGUCGGAAUAAUAUUAAUGUUACCUUGACUGAUCACAUCGAGCUAGAGAACAAUUAUAACAAAAACAAUUACAUAAGCCCAGAUGACAACCAUACAUAUGAUAUAGAUAACUUAUCUUUCGAUUCUGAAAUAGCAGAUGCAUUAACUCAAAUAGUCGAUGAAUAUUCUAUUCAAAAUGAUUCUAAAGAUAGUGCAGAACGAAAUAGUGACUAUGAAUUGAUGUCUAUUGAUGAGGAACUGGCGAAAGAGACGGUUCAUGAAAUUAACGAAGAGCUAUCAAAUGAAAUGUAUUCUGUGGAAAAUAUUGUUCUUACUCCACCAUUGAGUUUUAGAGAUAUAUAA